UUACUUAUGACAUCUUCUUAGUAAUGAACCAGAAGGUUACGGUACGGCUCGGUUAAGUAGUUUCUUAUCCGGUGAAGCUCUUGGUUAAUUGAAUACGCUUGGUGAUGAAACUGACGAGAAAGGAAGGAACCGUUCGUCGGCAGAGAGAGAGUUAAAUCGAAUAGCGGAAGGAAAGCUCGUGGAGACAGCUGAUGAGAGAAGCUUUUCGUUGAGAGAGAGAGAAAAGAGAUCAGAGGUUUCUUCUUCCUUUGUUUUGAGAGAUAAGCGAUGGGUUACGGAUGGGGGAUGUUGGAAGGCAUGGUGGUGAUGGGAUCGCUGUGUCUGUUAGGGUCGGCGGGUCUCUGGUUUUUAAAUCAAAGGCUAUACAAGGAGUACGAAGAGAAGCGAGCCUUGGUUCAGAUCAUUUUCAGCGUCGUCUUCGCCUUCUCCUGCAACCUCUUACAGCUCGUCCUCUUCGAGAUCAUCCCCGUCUUGUCUAGAGAGGCAAGGAUGGUUAAUUGGAAGGUGGAUCUCUUUUGUUUGAUUGUGCUUCUUGUUUUCAUGUUACCCUACUAUCAUUGCUAUUUGAUGCUUCGCAAUACUGGUGUAAGAAGGGAACGUGCUUCUGUUGGGGCCUUGUUAUUCUUGACAGCCUUCCUUUAUGCUUUCUGGCGCAUGGGAAUUCAUUUUCCUAUGCCUUCUCAAGACAAAGGUUUCUUUUCAAUGCCUCAACUGAUCAGCAGAAUCGGGGUCAUUGGUGUCACCCUCAUGGCCGUUUUAUCGGGUUUUGGAGCUGUCAAUUUACCCUUCAGUUAUAUAUCCCUCUUCAUCAGAGAGAUCGAAGAAUCAGAAAUAAAAUCGUUGGAAAGGCAACUGAUGCAAUCAAUUGAGAGUGGAGUCACAUAA